AUGUGGCUCUAUAAUUUUUCAUUGGGACUUGACCUCGAGGUGAUACUGCCGGUUUCCAUUUUCUUCUUCCUGAUAGCCAUUUUUCUCAGGAGCAGGAAUCCUCCAAACUAUCCUCCAGGACCGCCGGGUCUGCCCUUUGUGGGGAACUUCUUCAAUUUGGACCAUAAACAUCCUCACAUUUCUUUUACCAAGCUAGCUGAGGCCUAUGGGAAUGUGUUCAGCAUCCGUUUUGGGAGUGAUGAGAUGGUGUUUGUGUGUGGGUACAAGAUGGUGAAGGAGGCCAUAGUGACACAGGCAGAGAACUUUGUGGAUCGGCCGUACAGUCCAUUGUUUGAGAGGGUAUAUAAUGGGACAUCAGCCGGUCUAUUCAUGAGCAGUGGUGAAAUAUGGAAGAAACAGCGGCGUUUUGCCCUGUCGACCUUACGUAGCUUUGGUCUGGGAAAAAGCUCUAUGGAAUGGUCUAUUUGUGAGGAGUGUCACCAUCUACUGGAAGAGAUGGAGAAAGAGAAAGGUGGAGCUUUCAAUCCAGCAAGACUCUUCAACAACGCUGUAUCCAACAUCAUUUGCCAGCUAGUGAUGGGGACACGGUUUGACUACAGCGACCAUAACUUCCAGAUCAUGCUUAAGUACCUGUCUGGAGCCAUGCAGCUGCAGGGCAGCAUAUGGGGUCUAUUGUAUGAGGCGUUUCCUGGAGUGAUGAAACACUUGCCUGGUCCUCACAACAAAAUGUUCAGUUAUUUUAAAUACUUGGAGAGAUUCAUCAGUCAGGAGGUACAGGGGCACAAGAAGGACCUGGACCCCAAUAAUCCACGAGACUACAUUGACACUUUCAUCCUGGAAAUGCAGAAUCACCAAGGAGAGUCUAAUCUGGGCUUCAAUGAGGCCAAUCUGGCUCUGUGCUCUCUAGAUCUGUUCCUGGCUGGAACGGAGACCACCUCCACCACUUUGUUGUGGGCCUUGACUUUCCUCAUCAAGAACCCUGAUGUUCAAGAAAAAGUCCAGGCAGAGAUCGACAGAGUGAUUGGACAGACCCGCCAGCCCACUAUGGCCGACAGACCCAACAUGCCCUACACUGACGCUGUCAUCCAUGAGAUCCAGAGGAUGGGAAACAUUGUCCCUCUCAACGGACUCAGGAUGGCUGCCAAAGACACAACACUGGGAGGUUACUUCAUACCCAAGGGUACUGCCUUGAUGCCCAUGCUGACCUCUGUGCUGUUUGACAAGAAUGAAUGGGAGACUCCAGACACCUUCAACCCUGGACACUUCCUAGAUGCUGAGGGCAAGUUUGUAAGGAGAGAGGCGUUCUUGCCUUUCUCUGCAGGGAAACGUGUGUGUCUUGGAGAAGGCCUAGCCAGGAUGGAGCUGUUCCUGUUUUUUGUCAGUUUAUUCCAGAAGUUCACUUUCUCCACACUGGAUGGAGUAGAGCUGGAUACUGAGGGAGUAAUUGGAGCUACACAUGUACCUCACCCCUUCAAGGUCUAUGCCAAGGCUCGCUGAACCAUGCAAAGUCUUAUUUAACCCUUUUCAUCCAAUCCUUCUAAUGUUCUGCAAGAGAA